GUCGCUGUAGGCUGUGCUCUAUCGGCCUUUCUGGCCCUUUCCUCUGCUUCCCCUCUGCUUCUUUCUUCCUCUUCUGCCAUCAGCUGUUGGAACCACCCGCCACAAGAGGAAGGAAGCCUUGGGGGGGGUCCCCCUUGAGCCCCAAAUAGCCAUGGAGGAGAUGGAGCGGCAGUUCACUACUCUGCGGGAUGAACUGGUGGCUGCUUUGAUCAAGAGUCCUGCGGAGCAGAAUCCAGAGUCUGUACAACGCUUGGUGGAGGUGGCAUUACCCCCUGCCCAAAAGUACCGGGAAAUAGAUGCCAAGGGAAUUAUACAAGCUAAUACCCAGGAGCAGACUGAGAAGGAUCUUCACAAAAUCUCCACUGCCUUGAACAUCUUGGAGAAAUACGGGCGCAACCUCUUGAACCCCCACAAGCCCAAGUUCUGGCGGACCGUUAAGUUCAACAAUCCCGUCUUCCGUGACACAGUGGACACCAUCCAGGGCGGACGAGAUGUUCUUCGUCUCUAUGGCUAUUCCAAAGAACAGACAGAUGGCCUGUGCUUCCCUGAACAUCUGCAGGAACCAGACACCCUCCGAGUGGCCUCCAUCACAGCCGAUGUCAUGAUGUUACGGGCUGAGCUGAAUCUCCUCCUUUCGGACAACCAUCCCAAUCCUCUGGUGUUACAAGAGUUAAUGCAGGGAGGUGACAAUUUAAGGGAAAGCCUGGUUACAGAUGUCUUUCCCCUGCAAGAACAUAUGCCCCAGCAUCUAGCUGCAACAUUACCACACACAGGGUACCUGCCCCCCGAUGCCUGCCUGCUUUGUGGGUUGGAGCCCCCAUCUCUGCAUUGCCCAGACUGUGCCCAGUCUCUGUGCCCGGACUGUGACCGCCUCUUCCACAAACAUCCUUCACGGACACAUCACCACCGGACGCCUUUGAAUGACCAAGCAUGGCGUAGUCCUCCUCCUCCACCUCCACCCAGUGUGUGUGGCGUGACGUCCGAUGCUGCUUCCUUGCGACCUGCAACAGACUCCCUAAUAGCAUCCUGGCUCAGUGUCCCCACCCAUCGGCCUCCAUGGUGCUGUGCAGCCUGCCACAUGAACAACGAUGGCCGCGCCGUCCUGUGUGUGGCUUGUGACCGUCCACGUGGCUGCAAGAUGCCCCAGAGCUUCAGUGCUGAGGAAGAGCCCAAGAGCUUGGGACAGCUGGCCCGGGGACGAUGGGCAUGUCAGUCUUGCACCUUCGAGAAUGAGGUAGCCACGGUCCUGUGUGCUGUGUGUGAGAGGCCUCGCCUGGCCGGGAAGCCUGGCACUGGGGAUGCCAAGCCCCUAAUAGCUUGGGGAGAGGAGACUGUGCAGCAGUCGAAACAGCUCCCUGGCUGGCAGUGUGAGCAUUGCACUUUCUGGAACAAGGUCCCUGGCCGGGUGUGCGAUAUGUGCAACCGCACCAGCCAGCGAGGGGGGCCUGAGCCCUUGAUGCCACACCCUAAGCUGGAGAAAGAUGAGGAAGACAAGCGGAAGAGAGGACCACCAGUGGAAACCAAGAGUCCACGGAAGGCCCCACCCAUCUCUUUAGAAGAGGCAGAGCAUCGGAGGCAGGAAAAGCUCCGCGAGGAUGGACAGAAGAUGGUUGCCAUGAUCAGGGAAGCUGAAGCAGUAGGUGUGGCUCCUGAGAUGGUGGCUGCCGCCUUGCGCUACUCGGGGGCAGAGCUGCCCCUAGCGUGGCUGAAUUCAGAGCUUCCCUGCGUCCUGGAAGGUAUGGCUGAAUUGGCCACCCAGCGAGGGGAGCAAGAGCCCGGAGGCGGUCUGGGUGCCCUGACCCGCCAGGAAGUCCAGACCGCAUGGAUAGAAAGCCAGGGGGAUGUGGAUGAAGCUGUCAGCCGGUGUCUUAGCGCACGACGCAGCAAGAUCCGGGAGCUGAAAGCACUGGGCUUUGAGGACCGUGGCCCUGUGUUGCAGGCCCUUUACCAGAACAAUGGGGACUUGUGGCAGGCAUUGGUGCAGCUGCAGCGCCAGCGGUUGGAACCUUUCCAUCAGCGAUUGUGGAACGAUGAAGAUCCCCCAAUAGAUUUUCACAACCCAGACCGACAGGCACUUCUUCGACGCCUCCUGGCCUCCCUCUCUCUGCCCAGCUGGGGCCGAGCAGAACUGGUGGUUUCACUGAUGCUUGAACAGCCGAGCGAUGGGGGCUGGGAGCUGGCUGACAUUGUCGAGGCGGUGAAGGCCUCCCCCAGUCGCGACUUCAUCAAGCGCUUGCUGAACUGGGAGUGCGCAGUCUGUAGCCUAGCCCUUCCUCGCAACAAGAUGCAGUCUCUGACAUCAUGUGAAUGUACCAUUUGCCCAGAAUGCUUUGCUCUCCACUUCACCAUUGCUGUGAAAGAGAAGCACAUCACUGACCUGGUGUGCCCUGCUUGCUCUGAGCCAGAGAUCAACGAUGAGAAGGAACUUCUGAACUACUUCUCCACCCUUGACAUCCAGUUGCGCAGUUGCCUGGACAGGGAGACCUAUGAACUUUUCCACAAGAAGCUGACCGAACGCGUGCUCAUGCGGGAUCCAAAGUUUCAGUGGUGCACACAUUGUUCCUUCGGCUUCAUCUACGAGUCUGAGCAGCUGGAAGCCAAGUGUCCACAGUGCUGCAAGAGUUUCUGUGUCCAGUGCAAGCGCCAGUGGGAGCCACAGCAUCAGGGGCUGACAUGCGAAGGUUUCUUGGAAUGGAAGCGAACCAAUGAUCCAGAAUACCAGGCGCAGGGCUUGGCUGUCUACCUGCAGGAGAAUGGGAUUGCAUGUCCCAAAUGUAAAUUCUCGUAUGCCUUGGCCCGCGGAGGCUGCAUGCAUUUCCAGUGUUCCCAGUGCAGGCAUCAUUUCUGCAGUGGCUGCUAUGGGGCUUUCUAUGGCACAAAUAAAUGCCCAAUAGCCGACUGCCCAAUUCGGCGGUCUCUGCACGGCCACCAUCCCCGCGACUGCCUCUUCUACCUGCGGGACUGGGACGUGCCGCGCCUGCAGCAACUCUUACAGGAUAACAACAUCGUGUUCAACACAGACCCUCCAGCUGGGACCCGCGCCGCACCUGGAGCUGGAUGCCGUGUUAUGGAACAGAAGGAGACUUUGGCAGGAUUAAAAGAUGAGCCUUGUGGGAAAGAGACACCCACUGGAUAUGCUGGGCUUUGUCAGGCACACUACAAGGAGUACCUGGUCAGCCUCAUUAACAGCCACUCCCUGGACCCAGCCACCCUCUAUACGCUACAAGAAGCUGAGAAUGUGUGUCGCCGUCACUUGCCUGCCACUCAGGUGCCACCUCAGGGAACAGCGGAGGAGGAGGAGGCCUACCGUGGACGCUUGGUCAAGAUUUUAAGGGAUGAGGUGCCUCUGGGCCCUAAAAUUCCACGCAGACGGAAGUAGCUGGAUGAAAGCAGACCUCAUCCUCAGGGAAAGAAGCCAGGACUUGGAGCUGAGAUCUUUCUGGGGAGAGUUGAAUGGAAGCCAUCUAUCCCUUGAGUCCAGCAAAGGAAUCCUUAUUGCCUCCAAGCAGCAUUAAACAUUUCAGAAUUGGAUGUUUCCAUCCAAGAUGCAGUCUUAAGAGCUUUGAAGCCAAAAGUUAGGACUUUCAGGGUCAUGUUUGCAAACAUGCUGUUCUCCCAGAAGAACAUUUUGGAAGAAGAUGGAGAUGGGGAGGGAUUUUUUUUACCUUCUGGCAUAAUGCUGUUUGAGAAGAGUUUGAUUUACAAAAUAGAUGGAUUGUUACCAAGAUGGGUCUUUUUUUAACUCAGUGGUGGGUUGGAAAUGAUAAACCUCCAACCUCCCCCAAAAAUUAUUCAGAGUGAUCAAACUGGGGGGAAAACCUUGUUGAAAUUCCUGGUGAAGCAGCUGUUCAUUUUUGCAAAUUCUUUAACCAGCACUUUGAGCUUGUUGUAUAUCUCUUGGGAGAUGCAUAAUUCCAAAUAAACUAGUUUGUAAUUUUAAAA